AAGCACAAAUUCUUCAUCGACUUCUCCAAGCCCGCCAACGACGGUGUUUUCGACGGCAGCGACUUUGACAAGUUCCUCCAUGACAAGUUCAAAGUUGAUAACAAGCCUGGAAAUCUAGGGGAGAAUGUACAAAUUUCAAAAGAGGGCAACAGGAUCGUAGUGUCCGCCAAAACCGCUAUUUCUAAGCGAUACCUCAAAUACCUUACCAAGAAGUUCUUGAAGAAGAAAGAGCUUCGUGACUGGAUUCGAGUCAUCGCUUCUUCCAAGGACGGUUAUGAGCUUCGGUUCUAUAAUAUUGCGUACGUACAAGAUAAUCCCCAAGAAGGCCAAUACUGA